UCAAAGUUUGGAGCAGACGGUCCAGGCUCCUCCCUCCGGCUGGGCAGCUCCGGAAAGAGAGAAGCGGGAGGAGGAGGCUACACAGGCCGGAGAAAUCGACGGAGCUCACCGCGCCGCCCCCCUGGCCCCGCCGGUACGCGGAGUCCGGCAGCGGGGACCCGCCAGGGAUGGAGCGCCGGGCGGCGGGCCGGGGCAGCGCGCGGCGGCGGGCUGGAGGCGGCGGGCCGGCCGCCUGAGCGCCCCCGGAUGGCCCGCGGCGAGACGACCUGCGGGAGCGACGCGCGGCUGCGGCUGGGCCGGGACGUGGUGCGGCCCGCGCCGGCUCUGCUGGUCCCUGCCGUGCUGCUGGGCACCGCGCUCGGCCUCGGCCUCGGCCUCUGGCUCGGCUGCCGCUCCGCGCGCCCGCGUCUCCGGCACCAGAAAGACGACACUCAGAGUCUGCUCAGGAAUUUGGAAUCUAACAUCCAGACGCCGUCAGCAGCUGGGUCCCCACCCAGGAGGAGGAAGAGAGAAGCACUGACUUCAAAGGAUGAGGAGCCUCUGGACGAGUACGAGCCGUCUUUCAACGGCAACAUCACAGCGUUUGCGCUGAAGGCAAAAGUCGUCUAUCCCAUCAAUCAGAAGUUCAGGCCUCUGGCCGACGGUUCCUCCAACCCAUCUCUGCAUGAAACCUUAAAGCAGGCCGUCCUGCCGAACCAGCCGCUGGAGGCGUCCCCUUCCAGCAGCUUGGGGAGCCUGAGCCAGGCCGAGAAGGACGACUGCAGCUCCUCUUCCAGCGUCCACUCGGCCGCCAGCGACGACAGGUUCCUGGGUCGCAGCUUCCUUGGGGCGAGCAGCUUCCCCGAGGUGCUGACCUGUGAGAGUGUGGACCUUGACUUGUGUAUCUACAACCUUCACUUAAAAGACCUGCUGCAGUUGGACGCGGCCUUGAGGCAGGAGAAGCACAUGACCAUGUCUUCACCUGUGCAGGACCUAGAGACACACAGGGAGGAGGAGAGAGCCGUGUUAUACAAAGACGUCAAAUUUCGUUCCUCUGGUAGAGGUUUGUUGUCACAGAUGUUUAUUCAGAUUUUUAAAAUGUGCCUCCUUGACCUUCUCCCUAAGAAGAAGUCUGAUGAUGAAUUAUACCAGAAGAUUCUUUCAAAGCAAGAAAAUGAUUUGGAGGAAUUAGAAAAGAGACUUCAGGUCAAGCUGUCAAACACAGAGAUGUUGGGUGGCAGUGACUCUGAAUACAUCACCCUGGCAGAUGUGGAAAAGAAGGAAAGAGAAUAUUCUGAGCAGCUAAUAGCUUAUAUGGAAGCUUUCUGGAAACAGAUGGAAAACAUCCAGCACUUUCUGGUGGACCAAUUUAAGUGUUCCAGCUCCAAAGCUCGACAGCUCACGAUGACUCUGACAGAAAGAAUGAUUGCAGCCGAAGGGCUGUUGCGUGAUUCCCAGGAUUUGCAGGCUCUGGACACCCUGGAGAGGACGCUGGAGCGGGCGCACAUGGCCAAAACGAUGGAGUUCCUGAAGCUGCAGGUCCAGGAGGAGACCAAGUGCCGCCUGGCGGGCAUCUCCCGCAGCCUGGAGCUGCUGACCGUCGAGGGGAAGCUGUCCGGGCGGGAGAAGGAGGACCUGCUGACCCAGCAGCACAAGGCCUUCUGGGAGGAGGUGGAGGGCUUCGGCAGGGAGUUUGUCCAGCGAGGCAAAGACCUGGUCAAGGCCUCGCUGGUGCGCCAGGCAGAGGAGAUGGCAAGGCUUAUGCUGGCCCAACAGGAGGAACAGAGGAGCUUCCUGGCUGCGGGGCAGCUGACCGCCCACCCCGAGGAGUUCCUCCAGGCAUUUCACGACAUCCUGGAGACGCAGAGGCUGACGCAGGGUGACCUGGAAGAAGAGGAGGAUGUCAGGGCUGCCCAAGCCGUGGCUGCACUCUGCCAGGAGCUGUACCGCAGCACCAUGGAAACUUUCCAGAAGCUCGCCGACAUCCUGUUCCUGCAGACGCUCCCCGGUGUGACCGACCUCUCCCAGGCAGAGUGUGAAUACCUGAGGCAGGAGGCCGAGGAGAACUCGAGUCGGCAGCUGGAGAAGUCGGACCGCUUCCGGAGGCAGCAGUGGAAACUCUUCCAGGAUCUCCUAGAGCAAGAAAAGCAGGUGUGGAUGGAGGAGUAUGCACUGUCCGCUCUGCUACAGACUCACCUGAGAGAUGACCAUGAGAACAUCAUCCACCGAGUCCUGGGCCAGCUUGGCAGCCUCAGUGAAGAGUCCAUUCAGUACGUCCUGCAGGCGCACGAACUGCUCCUGCGCUCAGCUCUCCGGAGGCUGGCUCUCCGCGGCAGCGCCAUCACCACCCUGACCCAGAUGAGGCUGUCGGGGAAGAAGGGCCUUCUCCAGGAGCUGCGGGAGCAACACGCCCUGGAGCAGGGCUCCUCCCAGUGUCUGGACGAGCACCAGUGGCAACUGCUCAGAGCUUUGGAGGCGCGCGUGCUGGAGGAGGCCGGCAGGCUGGAGGAGGAGGCGCAGCAGACACGCCUGCAGCUUCAGCAGCAGCUGCUGGCCGAGGCCCAGGAGGUCGGGCAGCUCCUGCAGCAGCGCAUGGAGCGCGCCAUCGGGCAGGCGCUGCUGGGCCACGCGCGGAACUCGGCCUCCAGGAGCCGGGCCAAGGACACGGACGACUUCAAGAGAACGCUGAUGGAGGCGGCCGUGGAGAGCGUCUACGUGACCAGCCCUGGCAUCAGCCGGCUCGUGCAAGCGUAUUACCAGCAGAUUGGGAGGGUCAUGCAGGACCACGAGGAGAGAAGGCUGCAGCAUCUGAAGACCCUACAGGGUCAAAGAGUGGAAGAGUACAAGUUGCGGAAGAAGCAAGAACUUGCCGAUCCUUCGUCCGGAUUCGAGGUGGCGGGUGGAGCCCAGGAAGCCUCCAGAGCUGCUCACCAGAGGAUGUUGGCGCAGCAGAAAAAGUUCCUGGCUCAGUUCACCGCGCACCAGCGGACCCGCCGUGAUGCGCGGAAGCGGAAGGCGAGGGUCAUGGACCACCUGGAAGCCCAGCUUGAGACCCAGCUACAGGAAGCUGAACAGAACUUCAUCUCAGAGCUGGCAGCAUUGGCCCGGGUACCUCUUGCCGAAAGCAAAUUAUUUUCAAAUAAACGUGGGCUCUCAGAGAAGCCCCUGAGGACCAAAAGGAAGAAGCCAGCACCCCGAGAGAGAGGGGACACGGGGGGUCCCAAGGAUGAUGACCCUGCCUCGGGGGGCCCCACGUCGGGACCGCUCAGCAGCAAAAGGCUGAGCCAGCAAGAAAGUGAAGUUGGUGACGGCGAGAAUUCCAAGAAGAUGCUAAAGAGAAGAAGCCAUCUGUAGCUUAAGGCUGCUCAGGACAGGUCCUGAAGACCCGGGCAUUCUCUGAAGCCCGCCUGCCCCUACCCCAGGAGGACCGGGGCCGGGGGCAUCGAUGGGGUCUUCCCUCUGCCCACUGGCUUGUGCAGGGCUGGAGAAUGGAUGGCAGAGUCCCAGGAAAGGCCUAAAAGAGUAAGGCAGACCCUACCGCCUGUGAAAGUGACAAGCUCCCGGUGUUGGGAACACAUCUUUUCAAGUUUUUAUGUCUCCUUGGCUUUGAGACGCAGCUCAGUUCCUUGGGGAGCCCUUCCUUCGUGACCCUCUAUAACCUCCCAUUCCGCCAAGCCCUGAUGCCCCCCAGACCUGCCCUCGCUGAGGCUAGGUGGUCUCAGUCCCACCUGGGGGCCUCUGCUCUCCAGCCGCCUCAUAGAGUUCUGCCGCUGGCGAAGGGUCACCAGGUGUUGCUGGUGGUCUCUGGGUCCGAGGGCUUUUCUCCUGCAUCUUCAUCACCCCCACUUUCUCUGGCCACGCACCGUGAACCACUGGCCAACCCGGAUUCUCACCAGGACCCAGUCCCUUCUUUGGGCUCAGCUGGCGGCUCUGCCCUGGUCUCCAUAAGGGGAUCUGAGUCUCAGGUCCCAUGACAUAGACCAUGGAACCCUUCGCCUGCAGGCCUGUCCUCACCCACCCCAGGGACUCAAGGACCCAUAGAGGCAUAAUGACACCUGCAGCAGUGUCUUCUGUUGGAGACAUUUAAAGGGCUAGGUAGGGGGCCCUUCCCUGGAGGAGGAAAUGGCAACCCACUCCGUAUUCUCGCCUGGAAAAAAAAUCCCAUGGACAGAGGAGCCUGGCAGGCUACAGUCCAUGGGUCGCAAAGAGUCAGAUACGACUGAGCGACAGAACAUGCAUGCAGGGAGGCCUUGCCCACCCUGAAGACUUCCGCUGGGAACCGUGAGGCCUUCUGCUAGACAGCUUGCCCUCCUCUAAGGAGACAUGCUUCUCCAAGAGGAUGCUGGGAAUAUCCAGAAGCUUCCAGACCAACCACUGCCAGGAGAGGCCAUUCCCACCUGGAAAGAAAAUUGCUCUUUUCAUUGAAAUCAGGGAUUGUCCAUCUUGGCACUGCAGACAUUUGAGAUGAGAAAAUUCUUUGGGGAUGGGGGCUAUCUUGUGUAUUAUGGCAUGUUUAGCAGCAUCAAAGAACCCACCUGCCAAUGCAGGAGUCCUAUAAGAGAUGCGGGUUCAAUCCCUGGGUCGGGAAGAUCCCCUGGAGGUGGGCAUGACAGCCCACUCCAGUAUUCUCGCCUGGAGAAUCCCAUGGUCAGAGGAGGAUGGAUGGCAGGCUAUGGUCCACAGGGUUGCAAAAGAGUUGAACAUGACUAGAGAGAAUUAGCACACAUGUGGCCUCUACCCACCAGAUGCUAGGAACACUCCCAACUGUGUCAACAAAAUGUGUCUCCAAACACCACCAGAUGAUCCCUGGAGCAGGCAUCAUCCUCUGACCUAACGCAGAGAGUGCCAGCCCCAUGUGCAUCUGGGAUGAGAGUUUAGUAUUUCCACAAAUUCCCAGUACACAGUGGGCUUCAGGUUCUAGGAGCUCCUGUCUCAGGGAUUUUCUGGACCGACCAUUUGUGGUCUGAAGUUUUAUCUCUUAAAACCCAGAUUAGUCUCUCUUAGUCAGGAAAGAGCAGCUCCUUAACAGAAGAAGGAAUCCAUGCUGUUUGCAUCAUUUGUUAAGGAUAUCUACCAUCAGAGCGUCCUCAAAUCCUGACUGGGCACCCAGUGGAGUUCCAAAAUUAACCAGCAGCUCCCUCUUGUGGCUAAAUAAAACAUUACCUUAUUCUGCA